AUGUCUUACAUGCCGCUCUAUGCGCCUACCAUUGGCCACCAACAGGCCGCCAUGGCCUUUGCCAGUCGUCGAAGGGGUAAGCUGGGGACCAUGCGCGCCGUCCACUGGCUGGGGCCGCUGGCCUCAAGGGGAAGCGGGUCGACGGGAUAUGGCCUUUUCUGUCCAUUCGCAGUUCGCAAUCCUCGCAAUCCCACCCUGCGCCCCUGCUGCCGCGCCCAGAGGUGUCCACCACGCCUGCCCCCAAUGGCCCCGACUCACCGACAUCGAAGGACUUCUUUCCCUCUUUCGCUCGUCGAUGGACAGCUGACCUCCUCGCUUCCUCCUCCGCGUGAGAUAAGCCCAAGCCCGACCCUAGGGCCAGCCAAAGGUAGAGCCAGAGCCAGAGUGCCAGGUCGAACAUCAUCUCGCUCCCAGACGCCCCUGACUAUCAUGCCCGACAUGGACCUUGAACCAACGAGACUUGUUCUCCCUCGCGAUUUCCACGACAGCGAAAGUGAGAGCGACACUGUCGACACUUUGGAUCUGCUAGGAGGAUACACAGAUGCUCCUGAGACACAACACGCUUCACCUUCACCCCAUCCCGAUCCCCUGGUCCCGCGCGGCCGUCACCCGCUACCAGUACCCGUCCACCACCAGCACCAGCAGCAGCACUACCACUACCACUACCACCACAACCACACAGACGUCCAGCAGCGAGGCAAGCAUACCUCCCACGCCCACGCCUCUUACAUUGCGCACUCGCCCAUCACGGCGCCGCCCUCUGCCGCCAGCUCCCGCCAGCCCUCACCCGGUCACGCCCGCUCCCACACGACGCCUGUCGUAGGCACACCCAAGAUCAACAUCAUCAAGAGGAAACCGCUUUCCUCGACCGCCUCGCCCCUAGCCACCCGCUUCUCCGAAGGCGCUGCCACCCUCAGCAUUCACCUGCCCAAGCCCGAGACGCGAUUCUCGAGAGCCUACUCUGUCGACAGCCCCACGCUCUACGAGUACCCGGCCGCAGCCUUGGAACAUUCGCUAGCUCCUAUCAUCCUCGACUCCUUCCCGACCGUGCCCACUACUCUACCGCACGAGAAGCCGCCGACACCAACAAACACCGACCGUGCUGAAGAGGACGACGACGGGCCACACCCUUUGACGCGAAACACUCCCAGCAACAACCUGGCUUCCCCUCAAACGAGAACUUCAGACGACCUGCCGCAACAUGCCAGACUGACCAACAACGUCACGCAAAACCCACACUCGUUCGACGCACCUUUGCUACCAAACGCGACCAAGGCGGACACCACAGACAGCGAGUCAGAGUCGGCAUACAGUCUUUACUCUAAUGAUAAUCGUACCAUGUCCAUCAUCGCACCAAAACCAACACCACCACACCUCAACCUGGACAAGGUCGAAAGAAAUAGUCACAUAUCCACGCCACCAACAACUGCCAUCGACUCGAGCAGACUGCCCGAAAUCAACAAGCCAUUACCUAAAUCCCCCGGUGAAUAUGACCAAAAUAAAGAAGAAGUAGAAAAGGUGCAGAGGAGGUCGGAGCAAGAGAAGGCGUCUAUCCGACUCGAACUGACCACGAAGGUGCAAGAAGAACGUCUGAGGAGGAAAGCCCUCGACCAACAAAUUAAGGAGCUCGCCGACAGAGCUUCCCAGAUCGAUCUCGCUCAGAUGAACAACGUUGAUGCCAAUGGACGGGUGAAGGAACUCGAAGCCACGUGCGAGGAUCUCCGCCGAAGGCUCUCUGAGGAGAAGAAGGUCAAAGAUAACUUUGAGGACCUGCUUGCUGCUCUACGAGGCGAGCUGCAGAGCGCAUCAAAUGAGCGCGACAACCUUCGUGACGAGGUCGUACCCCAGCUCCGGGCGCGUGUUGAGGGUCUUGAGGCUGAGGCCUCCGAGUACGACAACCUCACAUACGAGUCGAGCAAGUUGCAACAGGAACUCCACGCCUUGAAGAGCGAGAACCAGAAUCUUCGCACCAUCAAGCAGGCUUCUGUCGAGGAACCCCCCACACGCUCCACGCGGUCGUCCGUUGCGUUGUCUAGGUCCAACUCGGUUACCGCAGGAUCGUUCAAGCUGCAGAGAGCCCCGACCGGCUUGACGCGAUCCAAUACUGUCAAGGGUGGUAUUGAGUCCCGCGAGGCACUGUCAGAACGGCUGAAGGACGUGGAGGCGCAAAGGGACGCCCUUCAUAGCGCGCUCAAGAAUCUUCUUGACCGUCAGGAAUUCCAGAACCGCGAAAAUGAGAAAAAGAUCAGGGUCCUCGAAACGGAACGCGAACGUCUUCUCUCGGAUUCGCCCAGGCGAGGCGGCUUCGCCAAAGACGUCUCUGAUCUGCAAAACGAGAUCAAGGUGCUGCGGCGCCGCGCAGAGGAUGCCGUGAACGACAAGUUUCAGGUGGAGAAGGGUCUGGUCAGUCUUAAGAUGGACCUAGACCGAGCCGAAGGGGAGAUUGCCUCGCUUCGCGCUCUCCUGGACGAGAAGGACAUCUUGAUCCCGCCCUCGAUGGCGCGCUCCAGCAGCGGUAGCAACUCGGAUGCUUAUCCCGUGACGUCCGAGUCGCUCGAGGCAGCGUUCAAAGACCUUCAGGCUGCAUACCAAGAGGCCUUGAAUAGGAUCAAGGAGCUGGAAGAACAAGGUGGGGCGAUUGUUUCCGAUGAGAGGACGCAAUUGGCUUUGGAGAAGCUGCAACACUCCCUGUCGGCCGCCAUCAUGGAGCGCGAUGCGGCUCGCCAGGAGGCGUCGGACAACAAGACGCAAGCCGACAGUCUCCAUGAGAGCGAGGCCAAGCAUAUUGAAAGCGAACGUGUGCUCGCCGACGAGCUUCGCGAUUCGGCCCGUCGUGUUGAAGAGCUUGCCACUCAGGUCCGACAACAAUUGGCUGCGAACGCCAGCCUUCGACAGCGUCUCGCUGAUACGGUGGCGCGAGGCGAUAUCGAUCGCCAGGCUAAUGUCGAGCGCAUCGCUAGCUUACAAGGCCGCCUUCGCAUGCUAGAAGAGGAGGUCUCUGCGGCGCAGAGCGCGUCAGAGGACCGGGUCGCGCGCCACGAGGAGCAGAUCAAGGAGAUCAAGGAGGCGCACAACAUUCAGCUUCGCCGGGCUCUUCCCUCUCCGGCCAGUAGCGGCGGCCGAUCGCCUCGCAAGAUGCUCAGUCCUGUGGCGUCGCCCAUGUUCUCGCGUCCGCCGCGCUCGCCGCUGCCCAAGAUGUCCAUCGAGGACGAGGUCCAGGUCGACAAGCUCCGCUCCAGAGUCACGGAGCUGGAGCGCACGCUGUCAGAGGCCGAUACGGAGAUGCAGGAUGUCAUGCGCGGAUGA